GAUCUGCGGGGAUCGUGCUGCUGAUCCCGCAGCUCUUUGGAGCUAGGGUGGAAGGGGUUUUUUUUUUGAGGAGAACCCUCUCUCAUCCCAACCUCCCUGCAAAAGGGAGCUGGAGGAGAGCUGCAAAGCGCCAAUCCUGAGGAGCAUCCCCUCAAAGCAUCAUCACUCAGAGCAGCGAUCGUCCCCCAAAGCACAGUUUGGGAUCUGCUGCCUCUGGUAGCACAGCUCUUUCCUUGAAGGAAGAGAUGUCCUUAUCCUGCUAGGAGCCCGGGCAGUGGCCCUGGCACGGGUACCACCCCCCGCCGGCAGGUAAGGACGAUGGAUGGAUGAAUCGGCAACGAGAGCCCCGCUCCUUUAACCCCCUGCUCCUGGCAGAGGGGCUCGCCAGGAUUUACCGGGGCAUUUUGGCUGCCGUGGGAGCCCUGCGCCUGCCCAAGGAGCCACCUCCAGCCCCUGGAGAGCCUUCAGCCCCUGGAGCCCCGGGGGUUGCCUCUCCCAUCCCACCAAAGCAGUUUGCCAGCCGCCGUGGGAGUUCCCCUGCGCCCGCCGACCCGGAGAGGAGCAGCCCCCACAUGAUCUCCGCGGACGAUGCCGAAUACCCGCGGGAGUACAGGACCCUGGGCAACGGCACUCGGCGCUUCUCCAACGUAGGGCUGGUGCACACCUCGGAGCGCAGGCACACCGUCAUCGCUGCCCAGAGCCUGGAGGCCCUCACCGGCCUCCAGAAGUCGGAGAUGGAACGCAAGAGAGAUGCCUUCAUGGACCACCUGAAGAGCAAGUACCCGCAGCAUGCGCUGGCACUCCGAGGACAGCAGGAGCGGACGAGGGAGCAGCAACCCAACUACUGGAGCUUUAAGACAAGGAGCUCCAGGCACUCCCAAGGCUCCCAGCCUGGCCUGGCUGACCAAGCCAAGCUCUCCUUUGCCUCAGCUGAGUCCCUGGAGACCAUGUCUGAAGCAGAGCUGCCCCUGGGCUUCAACAGGAUGAAUCGCUUCAGGCAGAGCCUGCCCCUGUCCCGCUCCACCAGCCAGACCAAGCUGCGCUCCCCAGGGGUGCUGUUCCUGCAGUUCGGGGACGAGACGCGGCGUGUGCACAUCACCCACGAGGUCAGCAGCAUGGACACUCUGCAUGCCCUCAUCGUGCACAUGUUCCCCCAGAAGCUCACCAUGGGCAUGCUCAAGUCCCCCAACACUGCCAUCCUCAUCAAGGACGAGGCCCGCAACGUCUUCUACGAGCUGGAGGACGUCCGGGACAUCCAGGACAGGAGCAUCAUUAAGAUCUAUCGGAAAGAGCCUCUCUAUGCUUCCUUCCCAGCCUCACACAUCACCAAUGGGGACCUGAGGCGGGAGAUGGUCUACACCUCCAGGGAGUCCUCUCCCACCCGCCGCUUGAACAACAUGUCCCCAGCUUCCCACCUCACCUCGGGCUCUCCUCCGCCCGUCCUGCAGUCCUCCUCCCCGUCCCGCUCCCGCAUGUCCUACAGCGGGGGGCGACCUCCUUCCUACGCGGGCAGCCCUGUGCACCACGGCGAGCGCCUCUCCAGCCUGCCCCCCGCCCAGGUGGUCUCCCCCAGCCCCAGCGCCAUCCUGGAACGCCGAGACGUGAAACCCGACGAGGACCUGGCGGGCAAGAACGUGGUGCUUGUGAAGAACGAAGGGCUUUACGCCGACCCUUACGGCAUGGUCCACGAGGGGAGGCUCAGCAUCACCUCCACGCAGUCCUUGGCCGGCAUGGGAGAUCCUUUCGGCUACUCCUCGGGGGGGCUUUACAAGAGGGGCUCAGUCCGUUCGCUCAGCACCUACUCGGCGGCAGCUCUGCAGUCGGAGCUGGAGGACACUUUGUACAAACCCAACGCUCCCAUCUACGGCGACACCUACGGUCCGGGGCUGGGCUUUCGCAUGCCGCCCUCCUCCCCUCAAAAGAUGGCAGCUGAGGGGCGUUUGGUGGAUGUCCAAGCCGGGCAAAGCCCCCACAGCCCUUACUCGGGUCCCCCGAGCCGCUCCUCGCCCGUCCGCCAGUCGUUCCGCAAGGAUUCCUGCUCCUCCGUCUUCAUGGAGAGCCCUGCCAGCAAGCCCCGCAACCCCAGCUCCUCCGGGCCCCCCGAGCUCUUCCCCGGCCCCACCGAUCGGCCCCUCUCGGCAUUCGGAUCCCCGGGACCGGCCAAGGACACGGAAACGAGGGAGCGGAUGGAGGCGAUGGAGAAGCAGAUUGCCAGCCUGACAGGGCUGGUGCAGAGCGCCCUGCUCCGCGGCUCCGAGCCCGAGACCCCCAGUGAGAAGACAGAAGCCACCAAUGGUGGGACCCCCCCAUCAGCGUCCGCCAGCCGCAGCGGCAUGGGCACGCCGGUGCCCGCGCCCCCGCCCCCCUCUGCCAGCAGCACUCCAGCAGGGGGGCAGCCCACGGCCAUCACUCGCCUGCACAUGCAGCUGCACCUCCACGACCUGCAGCAGAACGCCAGCGACCUCCGCAACCAGCUGCAGCAGCUCAAGAAGCUCCAGCUGCAGAACCAGGAGGCAGUGAAGACGAUGCUGCGGCGGACGGAGACGGAGAUCAGCGUGCGGGUGACCGACACCAUGCGCAAGCACGAGGACCCCCUGCAGCGCCAGCGGAGCCUGGUGGAGGAGGAGAGGCUGCGCUACCUGAACGAGGAGGAGCUGAUCACACAGCAGCUCAACGACCUGGAGAAGUCAGUGGAGAAGAUCCAGAAGGAUUUGACCCACAACCAUCGGCUGAUCCCCGUGCAGGAGCUGGAGGAGAAGGCAGUGGUGCUCAAGCAGCUGGGGGAGACACUGACAGACCUCAAGGCCCAGUUCCCCAGCCUGCAGAGCAAGAUGCGAGUGGUGCUGCGGGUGGAGGUGGAAGCUGUCAAGUUCCUCAAGGAGGAGCCAAACCGCCUGGAUGGGCUCCUCAAGCGCUGCAAGACAGUGACAGACACCCUGGCACAGAUCCGCAGGCAAGUGGACGAGGGAGUGUGGAGCUCCCCCAGCAACCUCAGCCAGUCCCCCAAGAAGGUGGCUCCUGAGACAGACUUCAGCAAAGGGCUGGACUUGGAGGUGCCAACCAGCCCCCCAGUGAACCUCCACCACCUGGCAGGAGUGACUGAGACCUUGGGCAUGCCCAGCUUUGGGCACAGCCCCCCCCAAACCCAAGCCCACCCUUCCAAGAGCAAUAACCCUUCCCGAGCUCCAGAGAUGGUCCCUGCCAAGACCCAGACAGGCCCAGAGACCCCCAGCAAGAAGAGUGCAGACAAAGCUGUGUCUGUGGAGGCUGCUGAGCGGGACUGGGAGGAGAAGAGGGCAGCACUGACCCAGUACAGCGCCAAGGACAUCAACAGGCUCCUGGAGGAGACCCAAGCUGAGCUGAUGAAGGCCAUCCCAGACCUGGAGUUCGCUGCCAAGCACAAGCAGACCACAGGCAGCAGCAGCUCUGCCUCCACACCCGAGCACAAACCCUCCAAGCCACAGCAUGGACCCAAAGCUGGGGGCAAAGGGGACCCCAACGGCCGCCGGGGCUCAGACGAGCUGGCAGUGCCACGCUACCGCACCGAGAAGCCCUCCAAGUCCCCUCCGCCGCCGCCGCCGCGCCGCAGCUUCCCUUCCUCCCACGGGCUGACCACGGCCCGCAGCGGGGAGGUCAUCCUCACCAGCAAGAAGGAGCCUGGCUUCAUGAAGCCCCUCCCGGCUCUGCUGCCCUCCUUGCAGAAGGCUGAGUCGGAGGAGCUGGAGCCGCAGAAGCCGCAGGUGAAGCUGAGGAGGACGGUGUCGGAGGUGGCGCGGCCAGCAUCCACCCCGCCCAUCAUCGCCUCGGCCAUCAAGGAUGAGGAUGAUGAGGACAGGAUCAUCGCCGAGCUGGAGAGCGGUGGCGUCUCCAUCCCAGCCAUGAAGGUGGUGAACCCAGCGUCGAGGCUGAAGCAGAGCCAGCAGCAGGGCAGCCCAGACAAGAGCAAGCACAUCAAGCAGAGGAUGGAGUACAUGAGGAUCCAGGGCCAGCAGCAGAGCUCUCAGAGCUUCACCUCACUGCUUCCACCAGCUUCAAGCAAGGAGGACGCUGGGCAGUGCCCGAACCCUCUGCCCACCACGGGGGCAGCGCCCAACCCACCUCGGAGAGGUGGCAAAACGCAGCAGCUGCAGAAGACAGCCUCGGCGCCCCCCGGCCUGACUGCUGCCCACUCAGGACCACUCAGCAGCCUGGUACCUUCCACGCCCACCCCGCCGCAGGAGGUGAUGCCAGGAGCUGCCAGCAGGUCCCGGCGGCGGACGGCAGCUGGCACCGCGGCCACACCGCAUCCUUCGCUGCCCGACGGGUCGGUGCCCUGCCGGGGGGGGGUCGCUGCCAGCAGACGCCCCCUGGCCACCAGCCCUGGUGCUCCGCGGGGACAGGGAGUGGCAGGAGGGUCGAGAAGGAGGGAGGCAGGAACGCUGGCACGGGAUGCCCGGGGGUGCCCCAGGGGACGAAGGAUGAGGAUGUGAAUGGGGUGGAGCUGGGCUGCCCGCGGGGCGGAACGGGGCACUUUAAACGGGCACCUGGGUGGGCACAGCUUGGGAGGGGAGGGGGCAGAGGGUUGCUGUGGUGACUCAGGGGAGGGUCUGCUCCCAUGGGACACACCUGGCUGGGCCUCUGUGCCCUUCCUGAGUGCCACAAGCCCUUGGGGACAAGGAGGCAGGAUGGGUCCCUGGUGCCCUUCGCAGCUGGCACAGGUGCCAGGUGGAGAGCCCGGGCUAGGUGGUGACCUUGCAUCGAAGGGGGAGGGGGUCCUAGACUGGAUGUGGACCCCACAGCAGGUGGGGGUCCCAUGAUGGUUGGGGCUCUGUGCCAGGUGGGGGGUCCCAUGCCAGGUGGAGACACCACAAUGGCUGAGGACUGACCCCACCAUGGUCCUGCCCUGGGGUGGGAGGAGGCAGCCUCAGCACCACCAGCCCGGGGGGCAUCAGGGACCCUGGGGGUACAUGGCCAGGCCAGGCCUGUUCAUGGCACCCACUGAAGCACAGCCAAGCUGGGGCUACUCCAGAUCUACUCCAGGUCUGCUCCAGGAGUACUCUGGGUGUCCUCCAGGUAUACUCUGGGUGUGCCCUGGGUUUACUCCAGGUGCACUCUGAUUGUACUCCAGGUGUGCUGCAGGAAUACCCCAGGUAGGCUCUGGGUGUGCUCUGGAUAUACUCCAGGCUUACUCUGGAUCUACUCCAAGUGUGCUCCAGGAGUACUCCAGGUGCACUUUUAAAUGUACUCCAGGUGUAUCCCAAGUGUACUUCAGAUACAUUCUGGGUAUACUCCAGGUGUACUCCAUAGAUUCUGGGUGUGCUCUAGGUGGACUCUGGGUGUACUCCAGCUGUGAUCCAGGUGUACUCCAGAUGAAGUCCAGUUGUAUUCAGAGCAUGCUCUGGAUGCGUUGUGGCUGUGCUCCAGAUGCACUCCAGAUGUGCUCCAGAUGCAUUCCAGGUGUAUCCCAAGUCUGGGCUGGGUGCAUUCUGAGAGAGCUCCACCUGGCUGUGCUCCAGAUGCACUCCAGAUGCACUCCAGGUGUAUCCCAAGUCUGGGCUGGUUGCAUUCUGAGCAGGCUCCACCUGGCUGUGCUCCAGAUGUACUCCAGAUGUACUCCAGAUGCACUCCAGGUGUAUCCCAAGUCCACUCAGGGUGCAUUCUGAGCGGGCUCCACCUGGCUGUGCUCCAGAUGCACUCCAGGUGUAUCCCAAGUCUGGGCUGGGUGCAUUCUGAGUGGGCUCCACCUGGCUGUGCCCCAGAUGCACUCCAGAUGUGCUCCAGAUGCACUCUAAGUGUACUCCAGAUGCACUCCAGGUGUAUCCCAAGUCUGGGCUGGGUGCAUUCUGAGUGGGCUCCACCUGGCUGUGCUCCAGAUGCACUCCAGAUGCGCUCCAGGUGCGCUCCAGGAGUACUCCAGCUCUGUGUGUGGCACACCCCAGACCUACUCACUCCUUUCGUGCCCCUGGGUUGGAUUUUUUGGGUUGGGUUUUUUAUUUCCUUUGGGGGGAUUGUUUGAGAUGGUUUUUUUUAAGGCUUUUUUUUGGAGUUGUUUUGUUUUCUUCCUCUUUUCUUCCUUCUUUUCCUUCUUCCUUUCCCUACUUUUCCUCUCUUCCAACUCCCCCCCUCCUCCCCUCAUCUUCUUUCUUUGAUGCUUUCUUUCAGUUUCUCAAUCAUUCUCUUGGGUUUUGUACAGCAGAUUUGAGCCUUUUGUGGGGUUUUUUUUUUGCACAACAAAGAGAGAAAAAAAAGAAAAGCAAAAAAGAAAACAACAACAAAAAGAAAAACCAAUGGGGGGGGGGGAGGGGAAAGAGAAAAAAGAGACCAAAAAAAACGACCAAAAAAAAAAAAGAGAGAGAUGAAUUAUUAAUGAUUAAUGAUAUUAUUAAUUGCUACUAACUCAUGAUGCAAUUUCUUUGGAUUGCAACAGAGCAAACUCUUUACAUUUAAGUGAAGUGUCUUAACAUUUUCUAUUGUUUUCAGAAGUAUAUUUACAUAUUAUAUAUAGAGAGAGAGACCAGAAGAAGAAAAAAAAAUAUUACCUGAGAGAAAUAUAAAGAGAGAGAAAUAUUUAAGAAGAAAACAAAAAAAUAAAGGAAGAAAAGAAAAAGGAAAAGGAAAGAAAAAAGGAAAGGAAAAA